AUGACCGGCAUCGUGCACCCCGAGGUGUCCAAGCCCACCCGCUCCAACGCCGACUUCUGGAAGGUCGCGAACUCCAAGCUGAUCCGAUAUGGCGGACAGUGGAGCGCGGUCCGUAUCGUACGCGCCCAGGGUACGGUGAUGUGGGACGAGAGCGGUAAGCGGGUGCUCGACUGGACCUCGGGCCAGAUGUCGUCGGUGCUUGGCCACGGUCACCCAGAAAUCGUACAAGUCGUCGACGAGUACAUGCGUAACCUGGACCACCUGUUCAGUGGCAUGAUCUCGGACCCGGUCGUCGAUCUCGCCGAGGCGCUCACAAACAUGCUUCCCCCCCAACUCAACAAGUGUAUGUUCCUCUCGACCGGCAGCGAGACAAACGAAUGUGCCCUCAAGAUGGCAAAGAUGUAUACGGGCGGCCACGAGAUCGUGUCCCUCAGCGCCUCGUACCACGGCAUGACACAUGGUUCCGGCGCAGCUACCUUUUCUGUCGGUCGUAAAGGCUACGGCCCACAGCUGCCUGGCAACCUCAUCUUGCCGGUGCCAUAUGCGUACCGCUCGCCAUUCCGGCACUCGGACGGGAGCUACGAUUGGCGCACCGAACUCGAUUACGGUUGGGACUUGAUUGACCGGCAGAGCACAGGCGCUCUCGCGGCCGUCAUAAUCGAGCCGAUCGUAUCGACCGGCGGAAUCCUCACUCUCCCGGAAGGAUAUCUCAAGGCUCUCAAGCAACACUGCGAGAAACGCGGCAUGCUCCUCAUCGUCGACGAGGCCCAGACAGGCAUGGGCCGUACUGGCGACAUGUUUGCAUUCGAGCACGAAGGCGUCGUCCCCGAUAUUCUCACUUUAUCCAAGACGCUCGGCGCCGGUCUGCCACUCGGCGCGACAAUUGUCACCGAGGACAUUGAGAGGGUAUGCUCCGAACGUGGAUUCUUCUACUACACGACCCACCUGAACGACCCUCUCGUCGCAGCGGUGGGAGCAAAGGUGUGCGAGAUUAUCACGCGUGAUCGGAUGGACAAGCAGGCUGCCGAGAAGGGCGAGCUGCUGAAACACGGUCUGCUCAGUCUCCAGAAAAAGUACCCGUGCAUCGGCGAUGUGCGUGGUCGCGGGUUGAUGAUGGGGAUCGAGAUCGUCGAGGCCGACAAGAAACCAGCCGACGAACUCGGCACACGCAUCAGCGAGCGAUGCAUGCAGCUCGGGCUGAGCUGCAACGUCGUCCAGCUCAAGGGCAUGGGCGGGACAUUCCGCAUUGCCCCACCUCUUACCAUCACGCCAGAGGAGAUUGCCGAGGGCAUUGCCAUCAUGGACCAGGCGUUUGCCGACGUCCUGGCUGAGCGGAACGGAGCGUGA